UGUUUAGUGAAUGGGCGCUUGGAACAAUCGUCAACUGGCGCGCGAGCUGAAAGGUUAAAGCAGACGACAGUAUUGAUGGAGAGCAGACGAUGGAUUAUGUUGGCGGGAGAAAUGUGAUGGCGGGAUUAUACUCGAUGCCCUCUUCUCGCUGUGGUUUGGAUAAUUAUUUACAUUUUGUAUCGCCUUAGCCUAAUUAUGUCUGUAAGCAGUGUUCCUGUCCUCUGGGAGUAAGCUUCUAUGACAAAGACUAGAGGUAACUAUAUUCCUUUGAUGAUGUGUGCUUACAGGCGGCCUCAGAAGGAAAUUAAAUGUUUAGUAGAGGAAUAAUAUUUCUACCUCGUGGCCAGUUUUACCUGCGUAUAGUCACGUGCGUCUGAACGAACUGGCGCAAUAUUAACCGCUGAUUAAUUACAGGUGAUACAAACUAAUUGGAAAUCGACUUAACCGACAUAUUUACCGGGGAAACCAUCAAGGAAUUUAUACAAAAACUGAAAUGUUUAAGUAUGACUUUUGAGGGAAAAAAUCAAUGUUGCCUGAUAAAGACAUAAAAAACCCUGUGUUGGUCUGAGAUUCCCAAAGCAGGCCAGAAGUCAGUGUGUGAAGACUGUUGAUGUGUAUUGCCUUGAACUAAUCGUCGGUCUGCAGUGUUCGUUUUGGACAUCGCCUGUCAAACAUUACUGACGGCCGAUAGGGUUUGCUGGUGAUAUUGAAGACUUUUUCAACAGUGAUUUGGCACAUGUAUUGGCACUACGUAGCCAUAUAGAUGGAAAUAGGAUUUCUCUAUAAAUAGUAUCAUUAUUAAGUAUGUAUCAUAUGACUUCAAUAUACGACCCUAAGUAUUCGCGAACUCAAAUAGUUUUUAGCAAACAAAUGUAAUUCCUACCUUCAUUGGGAAAUUUUAAAAUCAUAAAUGUUCUUUUGAUAUUUACGAACUUAAAUCUGGAAACUUUUUGUGAAAGUGUUUCGAUGUGACAUCUGAAAAAUAUAUUCUUGUCAGAAUUUAGAGAUAUUGACAGGAGGUCUAACUAGUGAGUAAGCUCCUUCAUAAAUAGACUUCAAUAUUCGUGAGUUCAUAUUUUGGAGAGUUGCACCGUGCUUUUCACGAAUCGCAAUCUUGAAUACAAUUUUUGCGCUUGUGUAUUAUUGCGACAAUAUUUUUUCAUUAACACGAUUUUGUGCUAUUCACGUGUUACAUACUGUGGGAUUUAUUCGUCCGUGAAACUUUCAAUCCAUCAUGAAUUGGUCAAACGACUACAACAGCCUCAACUUCUCGCUGCCAUUUUUGGACCUUAAUGGUUCCUACUUUAUGAGCGAAUUCGAGGAUACCCUUUUUGAGUAUCACAAACCCGAGAAGAUAGCUCUCCUUUGUAUCUAUAUCCCCGUGUUUUUCCUGGCCCUAAUAGGGAACACGUUUGUGCUGGUCAUGGUGUGCAUCAACAAACGCUUCAGAAGAAACAUCGCAAACUUUCUUUCUGGUCAACCUGGCCAUCGCCGACCUGCUGGUGACGGUGUUCUGUAUACCCCUCACCACAGCACAACAUGUCUAUAGCCCGUGGAUUUACGGCGAAUUUCUAUGCAAAGCUAUUGGAUUUAUGCAAGGUAUGUAUGUGGAAGCCAGUGUCUUGACCAUUGUCUGCAUGAGUGUAGAAAGAUAUCUUGCCAUCAGACAUCCGAUGCGCAUGCGCACACUAUGCGAUCCUCGGCGCGUGAAACAAGUUAUUCUAGUCACGUGGGUUGUGGCUAUCAUCACCAUGUGUCCACUUGCCAUGUACAAAAAAUUGGAAAAACACAACGUAAUGUUCAUGGAGCUAUCGUAUUGUGUAGAAACAUGGCCGUCACAGCGAGCCAAACAUGGAUACGAGUUAUUUCUCUUUUUUAUUGUUUACAUAAUCCCAGGUUUCCUCGUUGUCGGAUUAUACACUGUGAUUGGUUUUAGCCUAUGGAAACAGGAUAACACGUUACAACGCGCAAACUCGAUGGUGAAUAAUGAAGCAAGGAUCAUGGGAGGUCGACGGAAACUGGCCCGGAUGAUGAUUGUUAUCUCGAUUCUGUUUGCUGUGUGCUGGCUGCCUUAUUUCAUUAUCAAUCUGUGCAUUCUCUUUUCAAGUGAUUCAUCCAUUCCCAUGAGUCUCUAUCCUUAUGCCUUGCUGCUUGCGCAUGCACACAGUGCACAGAAUCCAAUGUUGUAUUUCUUCAUGCAUAGAGGUUUCCAUGACUUCGUAUGGCGUCUCAUUCGCUGCCAAUGUCAACAGUUACGUAACAGUCGACAGGUAUCUGUUACUUCAAAUCAUUCAACUGAAAAGACUAUGAUGACGUCAAUUUGUAACGGUAACAAAUAUUCAUAUAGAGGAACUGUGCGUGGAAAACAAGUCUGACGGAGUAUUAAGGAGAAUGAUUGUACUCGGUACUUAGGAAAUUGAUGCUAAAUAUUGUCACAGUAUAUCAAAAGUAUCGUAAAAUAAAGAUUACCAUAAAACGCUGCCUCACGCUACUGUAUCAAGGUGGCUUAUUGCAAGAAUAAGAAAACUUCCAUAUUAUAACCAAACGCAAAUGCAACGCGUGUUUGAAAAGAUAAUUCCCUGAAUUAACGCAAAAUUAGUAUUCCGUGAGUAUGUAGCGAGUUACAGCAAUCCUUUAAUUGGGUUCUUCAGAAUGUUUCUGUUACGUGGGGGACUUGAAAAGGCGGGGCAACGAUUCGUAGUUGCUGAUUGACGUUUGAAGAAAAUGGUUGAAAGUGAUUGGACUGGCUUCCUGGUGCCUCAGACGUUGAUUGACUGAUAUUAAUGUUAAUUUGUUAUUGGGCUGUGAUAUGUUUAAUCAGGAAGCUUAAAAUCAAUGUUUACGCGCAAUGUACAAUCGUUGAGCUUUUCCUGAUUUUGACGAAAUAACAUGACCGCUGUGUGUGCAAGUGUGCAAGGUAUACAUAUGAAAUGGAUAUUAAAACUCAUUAUUUUGAUGUUAAAAGCGUCCGCCUCGUGUUGCUAUGAAACAAAUGAAAUAAAACAAUGCUCAUUUUGAAAAAAAAAAUCUAUAUAUUUGUCAGACUUAAACUAAUCAAUCAAAAGAAAAUUCUGCUUUACAUUAUCCUUUGGUCAUUUUUCACUGUUUUUAACGUUAGUUUGAAUAUAUAGAUAAAAAUAGCAAAUUUCAUAAAAUUCUCUAUAAUGUUAAUUUCGAGAAAUGCUUACUGUGUUGACAAGUAAUAGGUGAGGACGAAAAUUCUGACGAAAUACACUGAUUGAAAUUAUCACGUGAUGGUUAUUAUAGUAUGACAAGAUAAAUGGUCAGAAGGGUACCUUGACAAACGGAAUGACUAGAUAUUUAAACAGAAAUAAAAUAUAUCAAACGUU